AUGGAUUAACAAUUAGAAUAAAUGAGUGUUGAUAUUCAGAAAAUAGUAUAUAAAAAAGCAAUGCUACAUGCUUGUAAAUAUUCCACUGAAGACGUUAUAGGAAUUUUGAUUGGCUAAAUUAAUGAUAAAAAUAUUAAUAUUGUAGAUGCAUACCCUUUAUUCCAUUCAAGAGUUAGUUUAAACACUUUGGAAGUUUCUUUAGAUAUUAUAUCAAGUGAAUUGUAAAAUGAUAGAAAGAUUAUUGGAGUAUAUGAGGCAAAAGCAAAUUCUAGGGGAAUUAUGAGUGAGAUAGGUGAGGAAAUGCUAAAAAAUAUAAAUUAAAAAUAAGCAAUUUUAAUGAGAAUUUCAUAAAUAGAGGUGGAUGAUGCUCCUAUUUUGAAUGCUAAAAUUGUUUCAUUGAAUGAAAAUGUCAAAUAUGUGAUUAACUCUACAAGUGCCUUAGAAUGGUGGGUUAUUCAGGAUCGUUUAAAGGCUGGUCUUCAUUGGAAAAUUGUAGAUUUCGAUGCUCAUUUUGAGAAUGUGUAAUUAAAUUUCCGAAAUCAGUAUUUAGAAUGA